AUGGCUGCUGGGAACGGCUCAGGCGCCUCUGCGCACGAUUUCCCUGCAGAGAACAGCACAGCAGCUGACAGGGCGAGCAGCAGCAGUACUGCAAGCACGUCCCGGCCUAAAGUGGCGGUCACCUGUGACUUUACCCUCUUGGCUGCCUGCACUUGGGAGCUGCGCCAGCGCUGGCUGCCGGCCAAGGUGGACCAGGUGGUUCAGGCGGAUGAGCACACGGUGUGUCUGCGGCUGAGAACUUCGGCGGCGGUCAGCCUGUCAGCUUCACCUGAGUCAGAGGGGGAUGAUCGCACUGAUGAGCCACUUGAUACACCUGGAGACCCCUUCAUAGACCCUUUCACGGAUACGCAGCAUGACAGGCUGCCCUGGCCCUGGAUGAGAUCACCUCCCGGCAGCGACAGAGGUGAGCUGUCUGGGGUGAUGGAUGGGGGCAUGGCCCAGGGCUGGCUGUGGCUGUGCUGGGACCCCCAGGGAGCCGCGCGCAUCACAAUGGGGCCGGCUCCCGAGCGCGGGGCGGCUGCAGAGGCGUUCUCUUUCGGCGCACAGAUGGCCGCUGAGCUGAAGGGGUUGAUUCUGCUGGAUGCGGAGAUCCCUCGCGCAUGGGAGCGCGUAGUGAAGCUGACCUUUGGGCCGCGCAUCUUUGAGGACGCGACUCGCCACGUUUACGCGGAGGUGCAGGGCAGGUACAGCAACGUGGUGUUGACAGAUACAAAGGCGGACCGUGCCGAGAAGUUCUUAGGCCUGCCGAUCCUGGCGGCUGGGCACCAGGUUGGCGCGCUGCAGUCAUCAGAACGGCAGCUGCAGGUGCUGGGCCAUUACACGCUGCCUCCUACCACCCAGGGGCUGCAGCCGAGCGUGUCAGAGGCGCUGAACUCCUGGCGCGCCAACAUCACCGGAGCCGCCACCCUGCUCGAGGAUUCGCCGGCGCCCAGAAAGGGCGCACAUGGCGCCACGAUUGCGCAGGCCCUUGUGCGCGCCUACCAGGGCAUAGGCCCCGGCCUAGCGGCAGAGCUGUGUGAAGCAGCGGACGUGGACUGGGAGCUUCUGCCGCGAGAAUUGGAGGACGCUGAAUGGGAGGCGCUGUUUAAGCAGUGGUGCGCGUGGCUCAAGACACUUGCGCUCGGCCGGUUCCAGCCUGCCAGGGACCCGACAUCAGGCCGCAUCUCUGUGCUGGGCGCUGGAUCGCAGUCGCUUGACAGCGUGCACGCGCUUGUGAAUGGCGCCCUGCGCAGCAGCCAGGACCAGAGCUCGUUUGAGCAGCGGUCGGGGCGGCUGUCACGCGCGGUCCUAUCCGGCAUAAAGCGGCUCAGCGCCAAGCUGGCCAACCUGCAGCGGCAGCAGGCGGCGGAGGCCGACGCGGAGGCAACGCGCCGAACGGCCGACCUGCUCACCGCCAACCUGCACCUCUGCCGCCAAGGGGACACCAGCGUGGAGGUGGAUGACUGGGAGACUGGUGAGAGGGUGACGAUAGCGUUGGAUCGGGCGGUCCCCCCGGCGGAGACCGCGGCGGCUCUGUACCGGGUUGCGCGCAAGCAGGGGCGCACCGGCCAAGCCAUCGCUCCCAUCCUCGAGGAGGCGAAUGCGCAGCUGGAGCACCUGCAUGAUAUCGACGCGCAGCUGGACAUGGUGGACCCUCAUGAGGCCGGAGCUCUGGACGUCCUCAAAGGCAUCCAGGAGGAGCUGGUGGCCAUGGGUGUGAUGAAGCCGUCGGCCGACGCGGCGUUGGCGGCUCGCAGCGCCGCACGGGCGGCCAAGGCGGCGCGGCGGCUGAGAGAUGCGCAGGAGCGGAGAGAGUUCCGGCGCUUCACCACUCCGGGGGGACUGCAGGUGCUGGUGGGGCGCAACAACAAGGAGAACGAUCGGCUAAGCCACGAGGUGGCGGCCAAAUCAGACCUUUGGUUCCAUGCGCGCGGCUUCCCCGGCUCGCACACCGUCCUGCGAGUGCCUGCCGGCAGCUCCGCCACGGAUGAGGACAUCAGCUUUGCAGCUGACCUGGCGGCCUUCUAUUCCAAGGCGCGGGAGGAAGGAAAAGUACAGGUCGUCAAGACAAGGGUUGCCAACCUGAAGAAAAUCCCCGGUGCAGCCCCCGGCAAGGUGAUGGUGGUAAAGGAGAAGGUUGUGAUGGGGCAGCCAGACAAUGCGCGCAAACUGCCGCAGGUCGCAGAAACCGCAGCCGGCGGCAAUAUCUCUGAGGAACCGGUGGCCAAGGGCGUGAUGAAGCCGUCCGCCAUGCCGCUGCAGCACCCGCGCCGGCACACGGGCCAAGCCCCGCCAACAGACUGGUUCCAGACUAUGGCACCUGUGGUGGUACAGGUCACCUUACCACCAUCACGGUGACAGUGGUAAGGGAGAAGGUUGUCAUGGGGCAGCCAGACAAUGCACGCAAACUGCCGCAGGUCACAGGCACCGCAGCCGGCGGCAGUAUCUCUGUGAGCAGUGCUUUGAAUUACUGAUGAGGGAUGAAGAUGUCCACAGCCAGAAGUUGGAAGCGAGUCCAGGAUUCAGUGGGCGGCUGCAGGCAGCGUUAGAUUUAAAGAGCCUUGCUGGAAGACUCCAGCAUCAACGGAUGCAUGCGAUUCAGUUGUGUAGUUUGCUUGCUAAAAAGAGUCAUGACCAAUCGGAAGCCAAGAACAGAGCUCUCCAGGAUGGUGUGGCACAUUGCACACAUUGCAUAAAGCACACAUUUCUUUGAAGCUUACACAAGCAGAUUAGAUAAGACUUUGAUAGCCAGCCAUGAUGCUGCUCAGGCAACACUAGUGCACUGCAGUGUGACAGUUGUGACUUUU